AUGAAAUUUCAUAUUUUGAUCCUCGCAUGUUCGAUUAUUAUUUCUCUCGCUUCCGCGAUCGAUCAUCACAAACCAAAAACUUUCAAGUCGACGCCAUUUAUCAAUUCAAAGGAUUCAAAAUUUGGUCCUCUAAUUGAAGGAACCUCGGUCAACAAAGCUGGUGAAGCGUUUGCGACCUCAUUCGGUAACAAAUCAUCUCAGAUCGCCCAUAUUACACCGGAACAAACGCUUUAUCAUGCUUCCCCGAGGGACACCACUUACUUUAAUGGUAUAAGAUUUUUACCUUUGAGUAAGCAAGAUGAGGAAGCUGGGAUAAAAAAUAUUUUGUUGGCUACUAACCUUAUUGAGGAAGAGAUCACGAAAGUUAUGGAAAUGGAUGAUGGAACCACUAAACAAGAAACUUUUUGUAAAGAUGAUAGUUUUAUUAAACCAAAUGAUUUGACCCUUUCGAAGUCGACCGGUCGUAUAUACAUCUCUGGACAAAAUUAUUCUACAACUACUAAAAUUGGUGAUGGUGGCCUUUGGCUUUGUCAACCUGACGGUAAGGCGAUGCAACUUUUGAAAUUGGAAAGGACAAACGGUGUUGAACUCUCCCCCGAUGAAAAUUUCUUGUACGUGUCCGAAGGAGCCAAUCGAAACAGUGAUUUCGCAAUUUCCAAUAAAAUUUGGAAGUUCAAGGUUGAUCAUGAAACUGGGUUCGUCUCACAAAAAGAACUCUUUGUAGAUUUCGAAAAACUUGAUGGUACUCAAACGUGGGAGAUUGAUGGUAUACGUACUGAUAUUGAAGGAAAUCUAUAUGUGACAAGAUAUUUUGGUCAAAAGAUCGUUACCUUUUCUCCAAACAAAAAGGUUUUGUUCGAAAUUGAUUUGAGUUUUAAAAAUCCUACGAAUUUAGAAUUCGCUGGGAAAAAUGGGAAAACCUUGUUUAUUGUUGGAAAAUGUCCUGAUGAUGAAACUAAGGGUUGCGUAGAUAAAUUUGAGAAUGAUAUACCCGGUAGAGCGUUUACCUACCUUAACGCUCAUUAA